AUGAGGCACCGGAAUGUAACCGCAACAGGAGCUUGACUCCGCUGAACUUCCCCGUUUUUGUCAUGUUCGUUUAAUGUUGCUUGCGCGUUGUUCAAAACAGUUUAGUUAAAUGAGACUCACACCGGGCCGUGGGCGCACUUCGAACCGAGAUUUAUUCAGUUAAUUCGUCAAAAAUAAACCAGCAAAUACUCAAAUGUUUAACGAAUCUUUUCCUUCGAGAAUUAACGUGGUGCUUGUGAUGGCCUACGGCAGUCUGAUUUUUGUCUUGUUGUUCAUCUUUGUCAAGAGACAAAUUAUGCGACUUGCCAUGAAGUCUCGAAGAGGACCACAUGUAUCCCUUGGCCACAAUGCACCUAAGGAGCUGAGACAAGUUGAAGCCAAGCUGAACCUAGUCCAGAAAAUCCAUUUUGAGCCUCGUCUGCUGGCUCCAGAUGAUGACCGAUUAACGCAGAGCGAACAGUCUGGGUCCUGUGACUAUUUGUAUAGAAUGAGAGCACUUGAUGCCAUCAGAGAUGCUGGUGAGCCCUUUCGUGAACUUGGAGGAACGUCCACCGCUGUGACUGGAAAAAGAUUUCGGACCUGGCUUCUGCAGCUACGAAAUUCCCCAUGCAUGUUCAGAGACAACGAGAGCUCUGUCAUUGACACAGUGCUAGAUGGCUACAAUACUCGUCAUGGGGCCGAGGCUUUUGGUGAAACAGAAUUCUUGAAGUAUCAGGAAGCUCUAACAGAACUAGCCUCCAUUGUGAAGUCUCAGAGCCAGCAGCACUUAAGUCAGCAACAUCAGUCGGCAGCCAAAGACUUGACCAGCACAUCGGAGCCCGCAAGCACCUCCUCUCCUUCCCCCACCCAGCCCAUCUACCUCACAUCUACAAUGCAGCAGCGCAGCAAGAGGCCCAGACACUUCCUGGAGCUGAAGAACUUUAAGGACAACUACAACACUCUAGACAGUACACUCUGAAAAUAAGCCCAUCCAACAGAAGGUGAAGGACAAAAUAGUGCUGCCAGUGAUUACAGUGCCUAAAGUUUUAGAGUGAAAAGACUAAAACACUGCCUUCAUAUACUAACUUGUAUUGCCUUGUUUACACUGUUGUGCAUAUCAGAUUACUGUUACAGUGCUCUUUACCUAAGUGUAGCAUAUGCGUAUUAUUGCAUGUAUGUAUUAUUGCAUGUGUGAGCGCUAUAUUUGGGCUAUGCAAUGAAUAAAAGACCAUCAGUAUUUAAUGCACAAUGUAAAGGCCUAUGCAGACUUGUUGAAAUAACCAACUGUUUAAAAAUGCUAAUAGUACGUUUUCAGAGAAAACCAGCAUUAAUGGUUGCUUAUUGAGGAAAAAUACGCUGUUUAUGACACUUCUGUUUACACGUACAUUUUCACUGUCCUUUGUUGCAGAGUGAAUUUGUUUACCUGUUUUUCUUUUGGUUGGUUUUUUUUUAGCCUUGCUUAUUUCCUUUUACAGAAGCCAUAGUGCUACUUGUUUUCAGGAACUGUGAUAAGUGUUUUUUUUUUUGUUGUUGUUUAAUUAUUACCUCAGCGCAAUGUAAAUUAACAGUAUUUCAGUGCAUUGAUGUAUUCUGAAUGUGAGGUAUUGCAUCAGGGGCUCCUCUUCCUUGCUCUUAUGGACAGGCAUACUGAUAUCUGAGCUUCUUUUUUUUCCCAUCUACUAUUAUGGGUUCCCAGGGAGGCAUUUUAAUGCCUGAAUAAUUUAUUUUAUGUGGUGCCUACUAUACAAUUUUCCGUCCAAAUAAAACUG